AUCAAGAAGGUGGAAAGAGUAGCCUGGCUAACGCGACUUCAAAGCUUUCCGAGCAUUUGGUCUAUUAAGCCAAACCGUUUCCCAGAGCUCGUGGUUGACCCGCCUCCCUGAAAUGCCUCAGUUUGCUACUGGUCGAAGCCAGAAAAGGCUGUGACGAAGCUUAAACCAAUCACAUCACUCUUUCCUCUGACGUAUGUGACGCGACGGAAACUGCUUGAGUAACUGGUAGAUUAAACUCUUACCGAAGUCGGUCGGGAGCAAGGCGAAAACGUCCUUCUUUUCAAUAAAUACCUCCAGGACUGCUCUUUGCUCCGUUUUCAAUGGGAACUUCCCGUUGAAUGCUUUCAAUACAGCAUCUACCGCUGUAAACAAUCUAUGGCUUCCGGUCGCAGUUCUACUACGUCAGUGCCUUGAACACGCCUCUACCCAGGGCCGUUGGAGAUGCUCAAAGUUGAUUGGUUCCCGAUUUUUCGGGAGCUUUGAAAUGCUGUAGAUAGCCUGCCUGGCCAGCCUAAACUCGGAACAGGCCCUCGUGUUGCGUCACGCUUAGGAUGGGCGGGCCCAGGCUAUGGAAGGAGUCCUUUGAGGAUUUGUUAAAUGAGGGGAAUCCGAGAGAGAAAAGGUCAGAUUCAUCGGAGACAGCAAAUCAGGAAGCAGAGUUGGUUAGUAAGAAUGAGGUGAGGGCAGCCAGGAAAAGAAUGAAGACUGGGAAAGCAGUUGGACCAGAUGGUAUCCAGAUUGAGGCUUGGAGAUGUUUGGGUGAGACGGCUGUGAAGUUCAUAACGAGAUUGUUUAAUAACAUCCUAGAGAAUGAGAAAAUGCCGAAUGAAUGGAGAAAGAGUGUCCCAUCUCAUCUCAUUAUCUCUAGCCGCUUUAUCCUUCUACAGGGUCGCAGGCAAGCUGGAGCCUAUCCCAGCUGACUAUAUGGGCGAAAGGCAGGGUACACCCUGGACAAGUCGCCAGGUCAUCACAGGGCUGACACAUAGACACAGACAACCAUUCACACUCACAUUCACACCUACGGUCAAUUUAGAGUCACCAGUUAACCUAACCUGCAUGUCUUUGGAUUCUGGGGGAAACCGGAGCACCCGGAGGAAACCCACGCGGACACGGGGAGAACAUGCAAACUCCACACAGAAAGGCCCUCGCCGGCCAUGGGGCUCGAACCCAGGACCUUCUUGCUGUGAGGCGACAGCGCUAACCACUACACCACCGUGCCGCCCCAGAAAGUGUGCUAGUCCCAAUAUACAAGAAUAAGGGAGAUGUACAGAGCUGCAGUAAUUACAGAGGAAUAAAAUUGAUGAGCCACACCAUGAAGCUAUGGGAAAGGGUAUUGGAGGCGAGAUUGAGAAGAGAGGUAGCAAUCUGUGAACAGCAGUACGGGUUUAUGCCAAGGAAGAGCACGCCGGAUGCAAUUUUUGCUUUAAGAAUGUUAAUGGAGAAGUACAGAGAAGGCCAGAGAAAGCUACAUUGUGUGUUUGUAGACCUGGAGAAGGCAUAUGAUAGAGUGCCGAGAGAUGUAUGAGAUUGUAUGUAUCGUAUGAGAAAGAGUGGAGUGAAAUGAGGAGUGUAUUAGGGUGGUUCUCCACUACAGUUGCAAAUUGGUGUCACCUCACUUAAGUAUUCUGAGACCAGGCCUUUAAAUAAAAUCAGGGUGUCUGUGUUCAUAUGCCUUCCUAUUGAUUAUAAAAAUUAAUUGAUAUUAAAUUUUAUCCACUCAAAUAUAAUAGUGUUGGUAGAAUUUUUCAUUGGAAGUACCCAAGGGGGUCCAAAAUGCGUGUCUCAUACAUCCCAGAAGGAAAAUAAACCCUUGCUGAAAAAUAUUUAUUGGUGUUAUUUUGUGUCACCCAUUUAAAUAUGAUCAGUAUUGUCCAUGCAGCAUGAAGAAAAGCACAUUUUGAAAAUAUUUCCAAUACUAGUCAGAAAUUUUCCCGCCAAGAAAUUGAGUUUUGGUGUCCCAAGUAAUUAAGUCAGUACACUAACAGUACUAACUAGACACACCUGGGGAAAAUGGACAGAACUAUUCUAAUGAGAUGACUGCAGUGCAUUGUGGGAAUCCCACAAGUUCAAGGGAGGGAAACAUUGAAUUUCAUAUUGUGGUAGUUUUCCAGCAUUGUUCAGGUUUGCAUGGCAAUUUUUAACAGAAUUUAUAAUAGCAGUCAAUACACUAACACUUCUAGAAUGAUGUAGGCCCAGCUUUGUCAUGAAAACAUGUUUGUGCCAUGAAUGUGAGUUAGAAGACGUUUCAACUAGACUACAAUGCACAGGCAUCAUAUACACAUCUGCACCCUGGUGACCAGAUGAUGAGCUAUUUGUCCAUACACUAACAGUCCAUACACUAACACCGGGGUCUGUUUGUGUACUGACUAUUGUGUUAGUGUAUUGACCAAUUUGAUAGGAUGACAGUUUGAUGUCUCUCGAUCCCUUUUGUCAACCUACUAGUAUGGACCCUUUUCAGUCACGUGACCUUCGUAAACGCGACCACCAUUUUGGACAUGUAGCGGACUUCAGCUCCAAUUGGUUUGAAUGCGAGGAAGGCGACAAACGGAGAACAUACAAGAAAAAUGAGCGCGAUGCAGAAAAUACCUUCGCUAUCCAGCGACGUAGGGCAUUUACAGGGCGAGCAGAGGGAGAGGUAUUUUCAAAAAUUGAGGUUAGCAGGCUUAGAGAGCGACGUUUAUCUGCUUCCACUUGGAUUGUUUACAGACGUACGGAAGUACACGAAGCCCUCGUCUUUACCUGACUUCGGCCCACAUGAUCUUUAUACCUAUGUGGUUAAAAACCCAUCGCCAUACACAGGUAUUGAUCUGAAAGCAUAUAAGAGUUUGGAUGCCUACAAAUAUUUUGUGUCAGGCUGGGUUACAUGCCUAAAUCAGUGGGUCGUCCCUGGAGCCGAUGGUCGCCAUCUGAUUACAGCUAAGGUUCAUCACUCGUGCGCUCUCUCUGCCGAGCAGCUGAAACCAUGGGCUGUGAUUCAAAAAGAUGGAACUGUUCUGUGUGGACACUGUACGUGCCAGGCUGGGCUUGGUGAAGUAUGUUCGCACGUCACAGCCAUGCUUUAUGCCCUCGAAGCAGCUGUACGCCAUGUCCAAGACAAAAGCUGUACAGAUGGACCUAGGCAGUGGGGACAGCAGGGCUCCGUCGAGACAGGCAAGAGCUUGUUUGCUCCAGGGACAGAGAUUGACUUCACAAGCCCAGCAAGGAAACGCACUGGCCAGCCAGCACAAGGGGAAACGGUGGAGAAGAAGAAACGCACUGCACCACCCAUCACAGCUGAGCAGACUAAGCUCUUCUAUGAAACCCUGAAGAACACUGGUCUCAAGCCCGCAUUACUAUCCGUGCUGCCAGGGUACUGUCAAGACUACAUUCCUAAACAGGUUGCCCUCGGUCUACCAAAGCCAUUGCCAGAGCUCCUCUACAAGCCUGAACACAGUAAACUUUCACACAAUGACCUAAUGGCUGAAUGUGAGAAGGCGUUCUCUUCACUGACCGUUACUGAGGAGCAGGCAGAGCACAUUGAGCGGGAGACCCGACUACAGGCGAAGGCCAAGCUGUGGUUUUCUAUGAGGGAGGGCAGGAUCACAGCUUCCAUGUUCAAGGACUCAGUACGGACCAAUCCUGCGAGCCCUGCUAAGAACCUCAUACGCCAGAUCUGUUAUCCACAAGCUAAAAAAUUUGCAACUGAAGCAACACAAUGGGGAUGUGACAAUGAGGAGCGAGCCAGACAGUGCUACGUGGAGCUGCAAAGAAAGAUGCAUACAGACUUCAAGGUGGAGCAGUCGGGGCUUCAGAUCAACCCUGCUUAUCCGUUCCUGGGGGCAUCUCCUGAUGGCCUUGUUUCCUGCGCUUGUUGUGGUGACGGGCUGCUUGAAAUAAAGUGUCCUUUCAGUGGCAAGGACGUUGGACUCCAGGUAGCUGCAGAGAACAGGGACUUCUGCCUGGAACUGAGCAAUGGCAUCUUCAAACUGCGGAGAGACCACAGGUACUACUACCAGGUUCAGGCUCAGUUGUUUGUCACAGACAAAGCGCACUGUGACUUUGUAGUUUGGUGCACUAAGGGUGGAAAUCAGGAGCUCUUCAUUGAGCGUAUUGCCGCAGACCACCAAUUUUUCAGCCAUGCCCUAGCUGCUGCCACCACCUUCUAUAAACAGGGAAUUCUUCCUGAACUGUUGGCAAAGGCAUUUACAAGUCCACAAGUCCUGGCCCCUCCACAACCAACUGCCACACAAGCUGAACCUGCAUGGUGCUACUGCAAGGCAACAGUGCAGACCACCGACAUGCUUAGAUGCCACUAUGAGCAGUGCCAGAUCAAACUGUUUCACUUAAAGUGUCUCGGGUUGAAAAAUGUCCCCAGGAGGAAAUGGCUAUGCCACAACUGCAGAGUCUUGGCACCAGUAGGCAAGACAGCGUAAUAAUAUUUGUAGGUCUGCUUAAUCACUGUGUAUCACUGCCAAUCCCAUAACUUGUUUGUACUGUUUAUACCCAGUAUGCUCACCACUUUGGAUAGUUACCACUUAAUUUUUCUGUAUUAUAUGUAAAUAGCAUUUUUAUAUACAUGUUGUAUCCCUUUUUACAUCCCUCAACUGUGUUGUCUAUCCCCUUUAAAUGCCUGGACUGAAGUAAAUUUUUUUCGUUCCCACCGAACAUGUACAGCUUUACAUUAAGUGUAAAUUGUACUUCUAAAUAGUUACAA